AUGCUCUUCACCAAUGCCAUUGUCGCAAUCACUUUCAGCGUCUCUGUCAACGCCAUGCCCCAGCCGUACCCCAACAAGUGUGGCGAUCAAGUCUGCCCUGCCGACAAAGCCAAGUGCUGCGAGGUCAUUGUCAACGGAGUAGCCGAGAUCGGGUGCUUUGCUGAAUGCCCACCCAUUCAAGCUCUCGACCGUCGACAGCCAUACCCAAACAAAUGCGGUGACCAAGUUUGCCCUGCAGACAAGCCUAAAUGCUGCGAGGUCAUUGUCAAUGGAGUUGCCGAACUUGGAUGUUUCGAGGAAUGCCCUGCCCCACCUCCAACCGAUGCCAGUCUCGGACGACGUGAGGAACCGAUGAUUACCACUUCGGGGUCUCUUCCUGUUGCUACAUUUGGUCCCAAGUGCGGAGACUCUUUCUUCUGUCCCGUCGGCAAGGUCUGCUGCCCUGAUGCGCUCUACGAAUGUGCCGAUCCUGACAAGGUCAGCGAACAGUGCCCCAAACCGCCAUCCGCAUCAUUCUAA